AUGAUAAAAUUUGGAUUGUUGUGGCAUAAGAUUUCACUUUAUGCCAGUCUUUUGUGGCAUAAGAUUUCAUUUUGUGGCAUAAAAUUUGGAUUGAAAUUGAAUAUCAGUCUUUUGUGGAAAAUUUGGGACUAUUGCAAUCAAGCAACUUUUAAUGAGGUGGUAUAUCAUCAGCGCACUAUUUCUAGCUUUCUCAAGGUGGUUUUCAAGGAGGUCGAUUCGAAUUUUGCUAAGCUUGGCACGACCAAUAAUUCUUGGUUUGAUUAUCUGAUUCUGCGGCGAAUUGGGGUUGAGACUCGUGCGGCUCCCCCACCUUCCAUGAUUGAGGUUCAUUGGUGGCCGCCGGUGGGACCUUGGAUGAAAGUGAAUACUGAUGGAUCGGCCUUGGGUGCUCCUGGCAGCAUUGCUGCAGGAAGGGUUUAUCGGGAUCAUAGAGGUUGGGUCCGUGGUUGUUUUCACUUCAAACGGGGCCUUGGCUUUGCUUUUGAAACGGAGCUCUUGGCGGUGAUCUAUGUUAUUACUAUUGCUCACCAUAAAGAUUGGCGGCAUCUUUGGCUUGAGGCGGAUUUGGCUUAUGUUGUUCGGCUUCUGAACUCUCAUUCUCUUGACAUUCCUUGGCGUUUUCUGGCUUCUUGGAAGUGGACUCUGAGGCUGCUUCAGGAUUUACGGCUCCAGGUCUCUCAUAUUUAUCGUGAGGGCAAUAAUGUGGCAGAUUUGAUGGUGAAUCGGGAUUGUUCUGAAGGCUGGUGGCCUUAUGCUUUGGAUGAGAUUAAACAUGCGGUGGCCCUUGAUAUGUCCACGUAUAGCAUUAUUCGGAUUAAGUAUUGA